CCAUAAAUGCCCACUCCCUCUAUACCGAGCGUGUUAAAGGCGUGUUAAAGGCGAGGGUUGCGACUACUGUCAUACUAUUAAAAUAAUAUAGAAAAGCAACAUGUCGAUGUCAAGGAGGCACUCGUACACCCCUAGGCUCAGCAGCAGCGUCCUCGGCAGCAUGAGUUCUGACGGAGGAGGCAAGCCGGCCAAGGUGGGCUCGAGGGUGGAGGUGAUUGGCAAGGGUGAGCGUGGCACGGUGGCAUAUGUGGGUGCCACGCUCUUCGCCACGGGCAAGUGGGUGGGCGUCAUCCUGGACGAAGCCAGGGGCAAGAAUGAUGGCACCGUGCAGGGCAAGCGCUACUUCACCUGUGAGGAGAACCACGGCAUUUUUGUGCGGCAGUCGCAGAUUCAAAUGCUGGAUGAGGGUGGAAGCUCUGCCACCUCCCCAGAGACCCCUGACUCUGGCAUUGCCAAGCUGCCCAAGAAAGAGCCAGAGACUCCCAAAGUAGGCAAGCAGACGCCAUCAGUUAGGAAGUCAGCGGUCCGGCACACCAAGACUCCAUCCCAGGCUGCUCGGAGGAGCUCCACUCUGUUGGAGAAUGAGCCGGCCACGCCUUCCCAGACUGCACUGGGAGCUCCGGUGGUGCCCACUCCCGGGGGCACACCUGCUCCCUCUGGUGCCCCGCCUACAGCCACAAGCAGCAAGGAGGAGGAGGCCCUGCGUGGCCAGGUGAAGGACCUGGAGGAGAAGCUGGAGACGCUGAAGCUGAAGCGUCAGGAGGACAAGGCCAAGCUGAAGGAGCUGGAGAAGCACAAGAUCCAGCUGGAGCAGCUGCAGGAGUGGAAGAGCAAGAUGCAGGAGCAGCAGAACGAGCUGCAGAAGCAGCUCAAGGAGGCCAAGAAGGAUGCGCGUGAUGCCCUGGAGGCGAAAGACCGCUACAUGGAGGAGAUGGCGGACACGGCAGACGCCAUCGAGAUGGCUACGCUGGACAAGGAGAUGGCCGAGGAGAGGGCCGAGUCCCUGCAGGCGGAGGUGGAGGGCCUCAAGGAGAAGGUGGACGAGCUCACCAUGGACCUGGAGAUCCUCAAGCACGAGAUUGAGGAGAAAGGCUCGGACGGUGCUGCGUCCAGUUACCAUGUCAAGCAACUGGAGGAGCAGAACAGCCGGCUGAAGGACGCUCUGGUCAGGAUGCGAGACCUGUCUGCCUCUGAGAAGCAGGAGCACGUGAAGCUGCAGAAGCAGAUGGAGAAGAAGAACACUGAGCUGGACACUCUGCGCACACACAAGGACAAGCUGGUGGAGGAGAUGAAGCAUGCCGAGGCUACUAUAGAUGAGCUGAAGGAACAGGUGGAUGCAGCGCUGGGAGCAGAGGAGAUGGUGGAGACCCUGACUGAGAGGAAUUUGGACCUUGAGGAGAAGGUCAGAGAGCUGAGGGAGACCGUCAGUGACCUGGAGGCCAUUAACGAGAUGAACGACGAGCUGCAGGAGAACGCUCGCGAGACGGAGCUGGAGCUGCGGGAGCAGCUGGACCUGGCCGGUGCCCGCGUCCGCGAGGCCCACAAGAGGGUGGAGGCCGCCCAGGAGACCGUCGCCGACUACCAGCAGACCAUCAACAAGUACCGCGACCUCACCACGCACCUGCAGGAAGUGAAUCAGGAGCUGACCAAUCAGCAGAACGCCACAGCAGAGCAGCUCCAGCAGCCUCCUGCUGAGCUCUUUGACUUCAAGAUCAAGUUCGCCGAGACCAAAGCCUACGCCAAGGCCAUCGAGAUGGAGCUGCGGAAGAUGGAGGUGGGCCAGGCCAACAGGCAGGUGUCCAUGUUGACCUCCUUCAUGCCCGACUCCUUCCUGCGUCACGGCGGCGACCACGACUGCAUCCUGGUGCUGCUGCUCAUCCCACGCCUCAUCUGCAAGGCGGAGCUGAUCAGUAAGCAGGCGCAGGAGAAGUUUGAUGUGAGCGGGAGCAGUGGAGAGCGCGUGGGCCUCAGGGGCUCCCCUGGAGAGCAGCUCAGCUUCGCCUCGGGCCUGGUCUACUCCCUCAGUCUGCUGCAGGCCACGCUGCACAAAUACGAACAGGCGUUGAGUCAGUGCAGCGUGGAGGUGUAUAAGCGCAUUGGGACUCUGUACUCUGAGAUGAGCGUGCACGAGCGCUCGCUGGACUUCCUCAUCGACCUGCUGCACAAGGAUCAGCUGGACGAGACCGUGCAGGUCGAGCCCCUCACAAAGGCCAUUAAAUACUACCAGCAACUGUACAGCAUCCACUUGACUGAGCAGCCAGAGGACUGCACCACCCAGCUGGCUGAUCACAUCAAGUUUACCCAGAGUGCACUGGACUGCAUGGGAGUGGAGGUGGGCCGGCUGCGCGCGUUCCUGCAGGCAGGCCAGGACAAGGCAGAUCUGAGCGUCCUGCUGAAGGACUUGGACACGUCCUGCGGCGACAUCCGCCAGUUCUGCAAGAAGAUCCGCCGGAGGAUGCCCGGCACAGACGCGCCCGGGAUACCCACCGCACUGGCCUUCCCUCAGCAGGUGUCAGAGACGCUGGCUGACUGCAGGAAGAACCUGACUCGGGUUGUGGCCGUGCUGCAGGAGGUAGCGGCGUCUGGUGCCCAGAUGGUGGCGCCACUCGCUGAGCAGGAGGGCCUGCCUGCGGUCAAACUGGAGGAUGAAACCUUCAAAGCCGUUGAGCAGGUGUAUGGUGCCCAUGGCUUGAAUGCCCCUGAGUGCUUGCGCCAGUCUUGCAGCGCAGUCAUCGCCACCAUGAACAAGAUGGCCACCGCCAUGCAGGAGGGAGAGUACGACUCCGAUAAGCCCCAACGCCCUACUCCCCCAGUGGAGGCCCGCGCUGCUGCACUCAGGGCAGAACUGACCGACGCAGAGGGCCUGGGCCUCAAGCUGGAGGACCGAGAGACCGUCAUUAAGGAGCUCAAGAAGAGCCUCAAGAUCAAGGGUGAGGAGUUGAGUGAGGCCAGUGUGCGCCUGAGUCUGCUGGAGAAGAAGCUGGACACGUCCACUAAAGACGCAGACGAACGAGUGGAGAAGAUCCAGACACGUCUGGAUGAGACCCUCACUCUGCUCAAGAAGAAGGAGAAGGAGUUUGAGGAGACAAUGGACGCCCUUCAGGCUGACAUCGACCAGCUGGAGUCCGAGAAGGCAGAGUUGAAGCAGCGCCUUGGCAACCAGUCACGCAUGACCAUCGAGGGGCUUCGCCCACCCCCCGCUUCCGGCAUCGCUUCCAUCGUCACGGGAACCUCAACCAGCGCCGUAGCGGCCAGUAUGGUGGCUGGCGCAGGAGCCCUGCAGGUGGUGGACAGUCCACUCCUCAGGCAACAGAUCGACGCCCAGAGGCUCGCCAUCAAACACCUCAAGAACGACAACAACCGCCUCAAGGCGGAGAGGAUGCACGCCCAGUUGGCCUCGUUGCCCCCUCUGACCGUGCCAAAGAUGUCAGGGGUGCCCAAGGAGGGCGUGCCCCCGGAUGCAGCCUCCGGCUCCCUCUACCGCAAGACCGACUUGCUUCUCAGCAACCUGCUAAAGAUGAGCGCCGAUGUCAGGGUGGUGGACAUCACCGGCAAAACCUCAGUCAGUCCCAGUGCCCAGUUGCUGGAACAGACGGCUCGUCUGCAGUCCCUAAGCGACGCUCUGGACAAACUCAAGGGUGAGGUGGCGGAGCAUGUCGUAUCCAAGCAACAAGGGGCUCGGGUGCCCUCCGACUUUGCCACCUUCCCCUCUUCUCCUUUCGUUAAGGCGAAGGAGGAGAGUAAGAGUGGCACGGUGCUGGUGGGGAAGGUGUUGAUCCCGUGCGCCCGCGGUCAGGAACGCUCCCACAGUCUCAUCCUAUCACAGCAGCAGCUGCAGCAAGUGCACCGCCUCCUCAUGACCUAAGUGCCACCCUAUUGGCCCACGCUCGCCAGUAGCAGCACUCUCCUCCAAUCAGAGGGCAGUAUUAGAUACCAACCCCCCCCUUCCAAAAGCUCACUCCAAUCCUGACUUCCACACUACUUCCCUGCCUUACUCUCACCACAGCCACAUAUUUUUUUCCCAUAAUUCCUGUCAGCUCACUCAGGAAAUGCAAUGAGACAAUAGCAGGUCUAUGGAAUCCCAUGUCCAAGCCAAAGAGCUAUACAGUAUCAUUUUUCCAACAUUUUCUACACUUUUUAGACUGUUCUCUUCUCAGAAUGCAGACACUUGAACACAGUGUUGUGUCGUCCAACUGAAAAACAGUUCGAACCAACUCGCAUGUUUACGUAAUGCAGUCAAAAUAUGUCAAAUCUACAGACACAUUCACGGCACCACAAGGUAUACUUCCUUAACACUACACCCACACUCCACCCCCCAAAACCAAAAGCACCAACUGCGCAAUUCUUAUCAGGUUUUCUACAGAUGCAAUUUUUUUUAAAGCCUCACCCCUGUUGUGUGUAAAUUUCCCUUUCUCUUUGGCCUAACAGUCAUAAUACCUUUUUGUCUUUUUUUUUUUUGUAAACAUCGCUAUGAAGGACAGAUGGCUUAAGUGGAGGAGAGGUAUUGGCAGGUGGGAAAGCACUGUAGUUACGGAACACGUUGUACCCGCACCGUAAUAUCCAUUUUUUUUUUUUUUUUCUUCUGAAAUGGUUGGGAAAUUAUGUUUGGUAUUUAUGUAGGACAGCAGCGAGGACCAAACUGAUGCACUGCUGCUCUAUUUAUUAUACCACUGCCUGUUUUGCUUUUGUGCAAAGUUUGUGUGCAAAGUUUGUAUGCCCAGUAGUGUCCAGGAAGCACUUGACUGUCCAUACCGAAUCUGGACUGGACCUGCUACUAACUUAGUCUUUUCUCUACUGUUAAAACUGUAGUCUGAUAGUAACAUGCAUAACAAGUUACAGCUAAGGACUUAAGCACACCACGCUUGUUUUUGUUUGUUUAUUUGUUUUUAAUUAUUAUUAUUAUUCUGGGGAGAUAAUUUAGGCUCAUGUAGGCUUUCAGUUGCUCACCCUUAAAGACUUAACUAAGGAAAUAAAGAUGCAAUGGUAGCUAUUGGCCUUGUGUAGAGGUCUGUAUUAAGGCCUCUUCCUGGUUUGCUAUGCUAUGUUCUUUUGCUCUUUUGACUGUUCAUUUGGAUGAAGAAGAAAAAUAAUAAUAAUAAAAAAAUAUCUUGAUUAAAACAC